AUGGGAAAGGAAAAGAUCCAUAUUAACAUCGUCGUCAUCGGACACGUCGACUCCGGAAAGUCUACCACUACCGGACAUCUCAUCUACAAAUGUGGAGGUAUCGACAAGCGUACCAUCGAGAAGUUCGAGAAGGAAGCUCAGGAGAUGGGUAAGGGAUCUUUCAAGUACGCUUGGGUACUCGACAAGCUGAAGGCUGAGCGUGAACGUGGUAUCACUAUUGAUAUCGCCCUCUGGAAGUUCGAAACUGCCAAGUACUACAUCACCAUCAUUGAUGCUCCAGGACAUCGUGAUUUCAUCAAGAACAUGAUCACUGGAACUUCCCAAGCCGAUUGCGCUGUUCUCGUCGUUGCUUGCGGUACCGGAGAAUUCGAAGCCGGUAUCUCCAAGAACGGACAAACCCGUGAACACGCUCUCCUUGCUCAAACUCUUGGAGUCAAGCAACUUAUCGUCGCCUGUAACAAGAUGGACUCCACCGAGCCACCUUUCUCUGAGGCCCGUUUCACCGAAAUCGUCAAUGAAGUCAAGUCCUUCAUCAAGAAGAUCGGAUACAACCCAGCUACCGUCGCCUUCGUCCCAAUCUCUGGAUUCAACGGAGAUAACAUGCUCGAGGUCUCCACCAACAUGCCAUGGUUCAAGGGAUGGGCUAUCGAACGCAAGGAAGGAAACGCUUCCGGAAAGACCCUCCUUGAGGCUCUUGACGCUAUCGUCCCACCAGCUCGCCCAACCGACAAGGCUCUCCGUCUCCCACUCCAAGACGUAUACAAGAUCGGAGGUAUCGGAACUGUCCCAGUCGGACGUGUCGAGACUGGAGUUAUCAAGCCAGGAAUGGUUGUUACCUUCGCCCCACAAAACGUCUCCACUGAAGUCAAGUCCGUUGAAAUGCAUCACGAAUCUCUCCCAGAGGCCGUCCCAGGAGACAACGAGAAGGUUGACCGUCGUUCCGGAAAGAAGGUUGAAGACAACCCAAAGUUCCUCAAGUCUGGAGAUGCCGGUAUCGUCGAGCUCCACCCCACCAAGCCACUUUGCGUUGAAUCUUUCACCGACUACGCUCCUCUUGGACGUUUCGCCGUUCGUGAUAUGAGACAAACCGUCGCUGUCGGAGUCAUCAAGUCUGUCGACAAAUCUGCCGGAGGUGGAGGAAAGGUCACCAAGUCCGCCCAAAAGGCCGGAGCUACAGGAAAGAAGAAGUAA